UGCGCUGUUAUGCAGCUCCAGCCGCGAAUCGAGGUGGCGUAUUCUCAACUUUUGAAUUCGCCAGCGCAACACAAGAUCGAAGACAGUUUCUUCGAUGGACUGUUUGACUUGACUCCUCGACGCGACAGCCUCAUCCGGGAACUGAACAGGCUUCCUAUGCACGCAUGCCUUGGUCCGUUCAAGUCUAACCUCAAUGCUUUGGUCGAAGCAUGUCUCCGCCAUGCUAGCCCUACAGCAUCAAAUACCGACCACAAACGCCACGCUUUAGAGACUCUCUCUAUUUUCUGUAGAUGCAUCUUUGCCAGAUCGCCGGCUCCCACUGGCUGGGAAGUUAUGGAGGUUAUGGCUGGCGGCGUCACUCAAGCAGACACUGUCUUCUCGAAUCUAACCGAAUUGAUAUGCGAGUUGUUACCGAAGACCGAUAUUCCAGUGGAUAUUCGUCACGAAGCGCUCCGACUUGCACUAACAUUCGUGGGUGCCAUUGGUCAGCUUAGUCCUGGCGCCUAUUUUCUGCGACGUGACCUGUUUCCCGCCACUGUUGCUUUCAUCAAAGCUCCAGAUACACGGAAAUUCGCUUCGGAAGCUAUCCUUUUAAUUGCUGUUCUGGCCAACUAUCACAAAUCUAAACAGAAUGGAUACUUGAUGCACAUUCAACACACUGAUGACCAAGACCUCAUGCGGAUCAUCUGCUCGGCCGCAAGCUUAUCCCUCGAACCAGUCGUAAAAGCAUAUCAAGAGGUCUCCGCCGAUGAUGAUACUACGAAGACCCUGGUGAAUUCACUUGGAGAAAUGUUGACCAAAUUCCGACCGGAUCGUGCCUUGACGCCAACAGAGCCUCCUCGGGAGCUUUUCAAGGCUCAUCCAACCGAGGCAUGCGUGAUUUUACUUGCCGUGUUCGAAUUUCUUCGGAACCCUGUGUUUCCUCUAGUGUUGAUAGCUCCGUCGCCCGAGCCGAGAGCAAACACUCACUCCCCGCCAUAUAAUAUCAUCUCCCUCUCUUCUUAUAUUCUGACCCACGCGUCCUCGACCUCUUCUCCAAGAACAAUCGUAUACGCCAACCUCUGUCUCAACACUUUACUUGCGCUGGUACAAAAUGAUGGUAUUCUUAUUUCAUUUUCCCAGCCUACCGACGAGAGAAUCAGGCUAUGUCGACAACGAUUACCGGCUCUGCCCUCCCCUCCGUCACGACGUCCACCACUUUGUGCCCUCUUAGACUGCUGUGUCCUGUGGCUCAGACAUAAUCUGCACAAAAGAUUCGAAGUUCAAUCAUACAUAACCUGUCUCUGGGUCUGUUACCGCGUUGUUUGGUUUUUAUGGAAAGCCCAUGUUCGUUUAGAAUACACAUGGCAGGAGCUUUGGAGCGCCAUCCUCAAUUUACUUUCAUUCUUGUCCUCUAAACUCGACAGUCUGACGACGACAGGAGGCGUUGAACAACUUGUGCGGACGACCGUCGUGUUUAUUGAGCUAUGCCUUCAGAAGUGCGAGAUGUUUUUGCCUACACCACAAGCAGUUCAUCAAUUUGUGUAUGAACUUGUUCGGUCAUCAUCGAUCUUGUCCGCGCAAUUGUCUUUACUGCGGACGCUUUCGCUUCCUCAGGCAGAACGUCGAGCAUCGCUCACAACUGACCAGCCUGCAGAGGUUAUUCUGACGCGACUCUUGAGCGUGACCGAAUACUAUCAGAUUAAGAUCGUGGAGGCCAAGGCGCAUUCGGCAGACCGAGCACUUCGUGUUGUCGCAACAGAGAUUGAACGGGAUGGGGUUCAUGGACUGAAAGACAUCCCGUUAGCUCAACCAGGAGGGGAGGUGGCUGAAGUCGCUCUGUCUCGUUUCGUUUAUAGUGAUGUGCUUGCAUUGCUACCGUGGCAGUAA